AUGAUUUCAAUUGAAUGCUCCAGAUAUUCCGAAAAAAUCAUCAAAUCAAAUCACCUGGACAAUGUAAUUACGAUCAUUAAAGGGAAGGUGGAGGAGACUGAACUGCCCGUGGAUCAGGUGGACAUCAUCAUUUCAGAGUGGAUGGGCUACUGUCUUUUCUAUGAGUCUAUGCUCAAUACUGUCAUCUACGCCAGGGACAAAUGGCUGAAACCUGGCGGUUUCAUGUUUCCAGACAGAGCGACAUUGUAUGUGGUUGCCAUUGAGGAUCGACAGUACAAAGACUUCAAAAUCCCCUGGUGGGAGAACGUCUAUGGUUUUGACAUGACGUGCAUUCGUAACGUUGCUAUGAUGGAGCCCCUGGUGGACAUAGUAGACCCUAAACAAGUCGUGACCAACACCUGCCUUGUUAAGGAGGUGGACAUCUACACGGUGAAGCCGGAGGACCUGGCGUUCACCUCGGCCUUCUGUCUGCAGAUUCAGAGGAAUGACUAUGUUCACGCUCUCAUCACGUACUUCAACAUUGAGUUCACCAAGUGUCACAAGAAGACGGGCUUUUCUACAGCCCCUGACGCUCCCAGCACUCACUGGAAGCAAACAGUGUUUUAUCUGGAGGAUUACUUAACGGUGCGGAGAGGAGAAGAAAUCCUGGGAAGCAUCACCGUCAAGCCCAACGAGAAUAACCAGCGUGACUUGGACUUCACCUUCGAGCUGGAUUUUAAAGGGCAGCUCUGUGACGCAGCCAUCUCUCAUGACUACAAGAUGCGGUAAAACUCGUGCGGCAUCUUGAGUCGGGACACCGUUUCCCAGGGAGAUUCGGUGGAGAGAUGGACUGUCUCUCCUCUGCCUCUGUCUGGAUAAGAGAGGCUGGCGAACCACAGGACCCUUCUGUGAUGUCAUCAGUGCGAGGCCAGCACUCAAGCAAUAGUCACCGCGCGUCACGUUCUUAAAUGCACGUAAAGAAUAGACUGUGAAAACAUCACUCUGAAUGUAACUGUAAACGAGUCUGAGAAUGUCAAAGUUUGUGUUUAUUCAACCACAUAAGAUAGAAAAGUGUUAAUGAACAGUAUAUGCCAAUGUGAAAUCGUACAAUGCCUCAUAGAACAAAGGCUUCAGUUUGGAUGCAUAAAUGAAGAGUUUAGCUGAUGUUUAAGUGCAUUUUAUUGUGUUAUAUUUAUUGGGUUAGUGU